CCCAGUGUCCCCUACCAGUUAGUUUGAGUUGCUGCAGGCAGCAUCAUGCCUGUGUCUACAGAGGGAUGUGUGUUUAAUAGCGAAGUGUUCCAUUCAUCUGUGUUAGUCCGGACAUGCAGGAACAGGCUCAGGGUCAGCUUCUAUGUCUUUAUGAAAAGACAAGGAAGCGGCGGUGGUGCUCCAGUUGUUACCCCAAUAGGUUCAAGAGAUGUUUACGUCGGUUUCUGUCAUAUCAAGCAAUCAUCAUCUUAUAGGAGCAGCUGCGCCCAGAGAAUAGCCCAGAAUCUUUCAAGUCUGGGUGUUCCGGAAGAUAAACAGCCUUCUGUUCUUGAAAAGAUUUUCGAGCUGGUUGAUGUGUCCGUCUCCCCUGACCAGGCAAUUCUUGUGAGUAUGUGGUUCUAUAAUCAUGUUCCGGUGGAUGUCCAACUUAGUCCUCCGAUUGCGAGAUUUGUUCCUGCAACUAGGUCAUCGAUUGUGGGUUUGUUGCAAGUGAGGGUUGAUAGUGGUCUUAUAAUUCAGACGCCAUCUUGUGUUAUUUGUGACGAGGAUUUUGCAGAUCAACUGAUGAUCACUCGUAUGCCCUGCGCACACCAUUAUCAUACACAUUGCAUUGUUCGGUGGCUGGAGAUCAAUCACAUGUGUCCCCUUUGCCGAUUCCCAAUGCCAACUGUGGAAGCUGCUGAGCCAUAAAAUCCCUAACCCAAAUCGGAGGAUCGCUAUGUAUAUAUGUGAGAGCGGGCCAUUCACGUACUGCAUACCGGGAAGGGGAGGACUACUGGGAAGGGGA